AUGGCUGACCCUCUCAGUAUCGCUGGCUCGGUUGCUGGAUUGCUGGCCACGGCGGUCAAAGUGUACAACGCCACCUUCAAUUUCGUCUCCAGCGCGAUCGAUGCCCCCGAGUCUGCGAUACAAAUGUUUCAACUUAUUGAAGAGACAAAAAUGACUCUGUCUUCUGUCCACGAGCUGCUUCACUCCCUCGACACCUUCCCCAGUUCCCGCAAAAACAUGAUCCAGCUCGAUCACCUCUCCAUUGUCAUCACACACUCCGUUCUAACACUUUCAAAACUCGAAACCAUUGUGUGCCAGCAGGAUGGGUUGCGGUCUCGGAUGAAAUGGGCGCUGUGGCACGAAAAGAAGAUUCUAGCUCUUCUUCCCCGGUUGGAGUCUCAGAAGUCAACAUUGGCUGUGAUGAUCACACUUCUCAAUUGCAAGACUCAAGAAGAAGCAAGUCGCUCUCAAAUCACCAUGUUGGCCAAAGUGGACGAAAUUCUUCAGCAAAACCGAACACUAGCCGAACAAUUGAAGCUGCUCGACAACGGAAAGUCGUGGGACACUAGAUCCGUCAAGUUCAUGGACAACGCGUCCUCAAUAACUAGCAGACCUGUGUCUACCCAAAGUGUUAUCCACAGAACCCCUUCAGCCGCCUUUCGGACCCCCGAGUCUUUAGAGGGAUCGAUGAUCAUGACGCUAUCAAAAAGGAAUUUCGAGCUCGACUUGGGUCAAUCGAGGGUUUAUAAACGGGCCCAAGACCGCGAAACAGACAGAUCCUCUUUCACAACAUCCAACGCCCCGACAAGCGCUUGGAGUAUGCUCUCUGGUCUCACCAUCGGCGACAUUUCCAUCGUGUCAGCGUUUAGAUUGCCAAUUACUCUCAAGGAUAUCAAUAAAAUUGCACCGGGGUCAACAUUUUCAGGUCUUUUGAUGAACCGUCAAUCUAUGGAAGAGCAGACUCGAUCCAAUCCAUUUGAGUGCAGCGACUCACUGUCACGAGCUCCCAUUAGGGGCGAAAGAUUGGCAGGGACGUUGUCUUUCAAAUUUGAUAAGUCUGACGACGUCGCGUACAGAGAGCCCGAAAUUCAACAAGAAGGAUUGACAACUUUCACGUGA